AUGCUUUCCGCGGAAAAUUCUUCGCAGUGUCUUCUCACUGUUGAGGAACCUGCUAUAUUCAUGACACUGCAGCAUUCUAGUGCUUCACAAGCUGUCACAUUACCGGAUCUAAUUAUCUAUUGUAAAGUCGUUUUAGACGAUGCCUUUUCAAAUUCGUCUGUGUUACAGCGGAUUGUAAAGAAUUCUUUAAAGCCGUCUGCUAAUUCAAAAGAACAGCUUCAGGGCGUUCAUUCAGCAGCUCCCCGUAAGACAAUACAAAUGGACACGAAAAUGCUGUUACCCAGCAAUCACAACAUCAACAAGCUGACUGCUUCAGGAUCACUUUCCACUCCAGAGCCAGAAGAGAAGCAAAAUCAAGACUGGGAAGAUGGCGAAUCUGAAGAAGACUGGGUGCUGCGAGGAAAAUGCCUUUGUAUGCUGACCAGCAAGGGGGCUUUGAUUAUAAUGUUUGGUGGUAUUUUUGGGAAAGCGGAGCGGUCGGUUGCGACGGCGAGAAUCUUCAAUUCCGGCAUUCAUACUGCCUUUGGUGACAUCAGUAAUGAAAUAUUUCAAGUGCCUCAGAGCAGCUUUGGACAACAGCGGUUUGGAAAUCAGCCCUUGGGUAAUUUUGGUUUUGAUGUAGCUCUCUUCAAAGAAGACGUUUGUGGAAGUGGUUUUGUUAAAGAACCUUACUUUUUGGAAAAUCUGUUCUACUCUUUCUGCACUGAUGAUUGUAAUUCGUUUACUGGGAUUUUAGUUUGCACCAGCGAAGUUAUAAUUGAUUACAUGAUUCGCGAGAACCGUCCUUUUAGUGCCAACGAUGUAUUCAACAACCUUCGUAAAGAAUUUGGCAAAACAAUGGUUUCUAAAUGCUUGGAUACUGGAGUGGGGAAUGGUCUGCUCUGUGAAAAAACUGUUUCGAAGCAAAAGAUAUAUUUCGUCAAUCAAAGAAGAAUGGAGAAGUGCAACGAAGAAGAUCUGACUGAGAUGGACAAAAUAAUCGCAGAAAGAAGUGCCGAGUUGGAUUCCCUAAAUAACGAAAUAAAAGUACUACAGAACGAACUAAAAGGACUUGAAGAAACACUAGCUACUGCUGACUUGCCUGAUGCAAUUGGUGGCCUAGAAGCAGAGGUUGUACUUUGGGAAAUUUUAGUUGAAAAUUAA